CUCUACUGCAUAUAUGCCGCUCCCGCACAGCCCCGCUGCAUGCAAGCCUCACCAAUCCUUCGCGCCCACAUCUGACGACUGAACCCCGCAAGUUUCAACGCUCCGCAAAUCAGGCUCACCCGAUCGGCAACGGCCCGGAUUCAGGCAAACGGGCGUGCUCUUCGCCUGCAUUUUCGGUCCACAACUGGUACGGCCGAGAUUACCUGGAGUGAGGCGGAGCCGAGAACUCCAACUUUGUGAGUAUGUGGAAGGCAGCGAUGUAGGCUAACUGAUCUACUUUAUCCAUGUUUCAUACCUUACCGAGCGCUCUAAAGAGCGCACGCCAUUCGGUAGGUUCCAUGCCGGGGGUGAGCGUUGCAUGAGAGGUGUCAGGCAGUCGUUCGGAGAGGCUGAGGGGUUUUUGGUAUAUAUUCUGCUAUGACCAGCCGUUUUGUGGGUCCUUUCUUAUCCUCUCCCGACUAUUUCUAGUGCUAGUAGUCAUGAAGUUGAGGUCUUUCUUCCUUUUCUAUAGCUUUUGGGGAGCUAUGACAGUGUCGCGGGCUUUUCCUACCUUAACGACGUCGGAUACCUCGGUGCAACCUACGACCACGAACCUGCAACCAUGCUCCACGGGACCAGUAACCCCUGGAGCUUCGUCGACGCUCGAAACUGUGUAUACCAGCCAUGCUCGCCUCGAGCUGAGGGCUGAGACCACGGUGCCACCAGCAGGACCUACCAUGAUAGGCUGGACCUCGACAUUCGGGGUGUACUCGCCCUGGAAUUGUCUUACUGGAACAUGGUUCCCUGUCUCUGGGUAUGGGAGAUGCUGCCCAACGACUGGAGGUGACUGCAACAUGUACACCACUUGUCUCGAUGGCAGUAUCCUCGCGAACGACCAGUUUCGCUCCACGUGCUCUGGCUCUAGCAGCCAGACCGUCUGCGUUACUGGAACCGUGUACGAAUCAAUUGGGGAUAGCGACCCCAAGUACUACGUCGGUUGCUGGCCUAGUUGGACGGGAGAUAACUGGAAGGCCACUAGGACGGUCUCUCCGGAGCCUACCGACUCGCCUGAUGAUGACGACGGACCGGGGCUAAGCGGCGGCUCGAUUGCGGCGAUCGUUGUUGGCGCCGUCUUCGGGUUCUGCGUCGCAGUCGGACUCGGAGUCUUGGCUGCUCGAUGGUACGGCCGCCGAGGAGCACGAGCACGAGCCCCAGAACCAGAUGCUCAAAACGAUCAGGAUGCACCAGAACUAGCCCCAGACCGGCCUCCCUCGGGCCCGCGUCAGCCUCCGGCCGCAUUUCAGAUCCCACCGCGUACGCGUUCGGUCGCGAACGGGCUCAUGCUCCAGCCACAGCGAACCCUGUCGGUAGAGAACGGCCUCAUGGUAAAAUCUGAGGCGGUAUCUAUUCGGCAUUACUCCGUGGGAUCUAGUAGCAAUACAUCUGCGCCGGUUUCGAGGGAGGCAACUCUGCAGGAUUCGGUAGGGUCGUCAGAAAGACCCUCGGAACUCAGAGCGGACCAUGACGCUCAUGAGCUGGAAGUCCUUGGUGGAGGUGUGUGCGAGAGCCCUCAGGCAGCUAGAAUGGAUGGGUCGAGGGCACUGCCCGCGGCUUCUCAGGAGGAAUUGGUUUGGUUAGGUAGUGUAGGUGAGUCGCGUAAUUGAUGAGAGGGUGUGAAGACGUGAAGACGGAUCGAGAUGCCGAGAGCGCCAAUGGAUAGGGCCCAAAGCGACAGCACUCCUUCGCAUCGAGUUUUUUCUGCAUUGUUGAAGUGCCGCGAAGUGGUCAUUCCCGAAUGAUACUGAUUCCUCUUGCUCCUUUUGCGUGACUAUUGUCUUUCCUUCGAAGGACCGCGAGCAGGGCGACGAGUUUGCAUUUCCUGUUACUCAUUGAUUCAGUGGGAUACCCUUAUGCAAGACUCACUCUUGAGAUCUUCAACAAGC